AUGACAUUUUUUUCAGAGUGGCAGGGUGGCUCAGCUGCUUAUCUCCUCAGCCUGUGGUGACUUGCUUUGUCAGGCUUGGGCGGUACUCCAGCAAGUCUGAACAGUUUACGGGAGCUGUGCUUUAAGAAGAGCUAAAUCAUUCCCAGACCGGACUGCAGCUCACAGAGGCAAGACGUUUCCACAAAACACUGGGAUUUCACCAACGAGAGAAGGAGAAGGACGACCUGAGUUUGGCAGUUUGUGGUUGUCUGGCAUCUAUUAUUGUCUACUGAGUAGAGCUUUUUCCUCUUUUUUACAACAAUGGAGUCUACUGAGACAAACUGCACUGCAGAAAGCAGACCUCUGUAUGUAUUCUACUCUGUUGUGAUGAUUGUGGAGUUUGUUUUGGCUCUUCCUCUGAACCUCACUGUAAUCUACCUCUUCAUUUUCAAACUGAAAUUCUGGAAAACAAACACCAACAACAUUUUUCUCUUCAACCUCGUCUUGGCUGACAUUCUGCUGCUCAUCUGUUUGCCUGUGAAGGCUUACCAAUUCGCGAUUGGAGAGCGAAGGAGUCCGAAUGAUGUGGUCUGCAAAGCCAUGCUCUUCAUGUUAUUUUUGAACCGGGGCGCCAGCAUUGCUUUCCUCUCCGUUAUCUCUAUAGAUCGCUACUUGAACGUAGUGCAUCCUGGGAAGAAGAACUUUCUGAAGAUUCUGAAAAAGUCACCUCUCAUUUCCCUCCUCAUCUGGCUACUACUACUCCCUCUGACUAUUCCCACUAUGCUGCGGACCUUUGAGUGCUGCAACAGCUUUGGCCGUGAAGGUGAUGAACUUGCGACUGACAUUUUUAGGGAAAGUGUGUUUUUCACCCAGAUUCUUGUCCCUUUCAUAGUCUUGGUGUUUUGUACAGUACAGAUCGUUAACCGCCUCAAAAAGAAGACCGUUGGAGACAGGACAAAGUUGCGGAGAGCAGUUUUUUUGGUCACCUCUGUUAUGUUGGUCUUUUCUCUGUGCUUCCUACCGUGCACCAUAUCAAGGAUGGUUCUUUUAGUGGUGCGUUUCAAUGAGAACCAUAAAGCUGAGGAGUAUGCUGUUCAGGUUUAUGAUGGCCUCAUGUGUUUGUCCUACUUAGAUUGUCUGCUGGACCCACUAGUCUAUUGUUUAAGCAGCACGAAGUUCAAAAGCCUUUAUCUGGAGCACUACCUCCCGUUUCUUAUUGGGAAGGAUGGACAACCAAAUGACAGCUCUCAUUCAACAGGAAACAGUUCCAAUCCAGCACAUUUAAACAACGCUCAGAGGGAGAGACAGAUGGAAACGAUGAAAACCUUGACCACCCAAGGGGAUCCAUGUACAUCAUGAAAAUGAAUAGGCUAAACUGUAGGAUUAAAGCAUUAUUUUAUAGGUGACAUAUUUUAUAAAAACUGUAGGAUUUAAAUAUAAUUUUGUAUGUGACAUAUUUUAUAAAAACUGUAUAAAUGCUCUGCUUAUAUGUUGUGAAAUGUUAGAAACUGUGUGUGUGUUUGCUAUUACAGUUGGUCUUCAGUUGCCCAAUUGCCCCACAGCAUUCUCCAGAAAUCCCCCGACCCGGUUUCACUGUUGUAAACAUGUACUACAGGUUGUAUUGCAAGUGCUUUGUUCGUAAUGCCAACUGGUGAAAACAAGUUAGUCAUGCUGUGAAUCAUAUUACGCAAUCAAGGCACAGCAGUACAGAGACAGAGACAGGUGCAGGGGAUGUUUUUUCAGUUUCAUGUUUGAAGACAUUAUUUCUGACUCUGAUACCCUGGCCUUCCAGGAUUGAGGAAAAAACAUGACGUACCAUUGCACUGUCGGUGCAAGUUUGGUUUCUCUAAGGCUAUAACAGCCAGUGACCAUGGUUCCUCUUGCUGUAGCUCUUGGUACAGCUUAACUUAUUCAACUGAAUCUGAAUCUGAUGGUCUCCAGAUUAGUUUUAGAUUAGUUGGUCAAUUAAUAUUGAAUUCAUAUUACUGUUGUUAUCAGUUCAAAUGAAUGAGCUUGUAAACAUAUUUAUAUUAUCAUGAGAUUUUGUUAAUGGUAAGGCAGUUGUAUUUCCUGUUUUCUUACCCGAGUUGUGAUUGGCUGGAACCAAGCAGCAUGUCAUUGAUUCAGAAGGUGGUCUAACUCCAUCAGGAAGUGUUACACUGGGGGAACCACUUUUGACAUCUGGGUGAUUAGUAGAAAUCAGUGCAGGUGUUGAGCCUAGCCUCUGGGCUGGGAGAACAGGAGCCAACAUAAUUCCUGCAAGUGAAAAUUAAAUCCACCUCUGUGUCAAACAAAUAUGG